UUCUUCAGCUUCUCUCUCUCUCUCUCUAAAACCCUUUCUCUCUCUAGAUUUCCUUCAUUAAUUGAUCGCUGCUCAUGGAUCUGCCAUUCACACACCUCAUCACCUCCAAUUCGCUAUAAAUAAGAUCCUUUCAGCUCAAAUUCGGAUCAAACCAGUUCUGGUUCUUAGCUAGCCACUGGUUUCUGCUUUAGGUAUAUAGUUGCUGAACUUGAGAGAUUCCUUAUAGACAAAGAGAAAGAGAAAGAGAGAGAGAAAAUUAGAAAGAAUAAAGAUAGGAACAAAAAAAAAAAAAAGAAAAAAAGAAAAAGAAAAUGAAAAUCCCUUGUUGUUCGGUUUGUCAAACGCGGUACAACGAAGAGGAGCGAGUACCGCUUCUGCUUCAAUGCGGCCACGGUUUCUGCAAAGAGUGUCUUUCUAGAAUGUUCUCGGCUUCUCCUGAUGCUACGCUCACGUGUCCGCGCUGCCGCCACGUGUCCACCGUCGGCAACUCCGUUCAAGCGCUGCGCAAGAACUUCGCCGUUCUCGCGCUCAUCCACUCCGCCGCCGCGAACACAUCAGCUGCCGCUGGCGGAGGGUCGAAUUUUGACUGUGACUACACUGAUGAUGAGGAAGAUGGUGACGGUGAUGGUGAUGGCGAUGGUGAUGAGGAGGAUGAGGAGAAGCGGCGCAGGUUCAUCCGUGGGUCGCAGACUUCGAGCUCCGGUGGGUGCGAGCCGGUGAUCGAUGUUGGGGCGCAUCAGGAUUUGAAGCUGGUGAGGCGGAUUGGGGAAGGGAGGAGAGCUGGCGUGGAGAUGUGGACGGCGGUGAUUGGAAGCAGCGGCGGUGGGAGGUGUCGGCACCAUGUGGCGGUUAAGAAGGUGGCGAUAACGGAGGGGAUGGAUUUGGAUUGGGUGCAGGGGAAGCUUGAGGAUUUGCGCAAGGCUUCGAUGUGGUGUAGGAAUGUGUGCACUUUUCAUGGAGCAAUGAAGAUGGAAGAGAGUUUGUGCCUUGUGAUGGACAGGUGUUAUGGAUCGGUUCAGUCUGAGAUGCAGCGCAAUGAGGGGAGGCUCACUUUGGAGCAAGUCCUAAGAUAUGGGUCAGACAUUGCACGAGGAGUUGUUGAGCUUCAUGCUGCAGGUGUUGUUUGCAUGAAUUUAAAACCAUCCAAUCUUCUUCUUGAUGCAAAUGGUCAUGCUGUGGUUUCUGAUUAUGGACUUGCUACACUUCUGAAGAAGCCUUCCUGUCGGAAGGCUCAACCAGAGUGUGACUCCUCAAAGAUCCAUUCCUGUAUGGAAUGUAUUAUGCUGAGCCCACAUUACACCGCACCUGAAGCUUGGGAACCUGUGAAGAAGUCAUUGAAUUUGUUCUGGGAUGAUGGAAUAGGUAUAUCUUCCGAAUCAGAUGCCUGGAGUUUUGGUUGUACAUUGGUGGAGAUGUGCACGGGUGCCAUUCCUUGGGCAGGUUUAAGUGCAGAGGAAAUCUAUCGAUCAGUUGUCAAGGCAAAAAAACUUCCUCCGCAGUAUGCUAGUGUGGUUGGUGGUGGAAUUCCGAGGGAAUUGUGGAAGAUGAUUGGAGAGUGCUUGCAAUUCAAGCCAUCUAAAAGGCCUACUUUUAAUGCAAUGCUAGCAAUUUUUCUCCGUCAUUUGCAGGAAAUACCCCGCAGCCCUCCGGCAAGCCCUGAUAAUGACUUUUUUAAGGGCUCUGUGUCAAAUGUGACGGAGCCUUCUCCAGUACCUGAAUUAGAAGUUCUUCAGGAAAACCCAAACCAUCUUCAUCGACUUGUGUCUGAAGGGGAUGCCACAGGUGUUAGAGAUCUUCUUGCAAAGGCCACUGCAUCAGAAAAUGGCAGCAGCUACAUAUCUUCUCUAUUGGAAGCUCAAAAUGCUGAUGGGCAAACGGCUCUCCACUUAGCUUGUAGACGCGGUAGUGCAGAACUUGUUGAGACAAUUCUGGAGUAUGGAGAAGCAAAUGUUGAUGUUUUAGACAAAGAUGGAGAUCCUCCUCUUGUUUUUGCAUUAGCAGCUGGAUCCCCAGAAUGUGUUCGUAGCCUUAUCAGAAGAAAUGCUAAUGUGAGGUCAAGAUUAAGAGAUGGCGUUGGCCCAUCAGUAGCUCACGUUUGUGCCUAUCACGGCCAACCAGAUUGUAUGCGAGAAUUACUAUUAGCUGGAGCUGAUCCUAACGCAGUGGAUGACGAAGGUGAAUCUGUACUGCAUAGGGCAGUUGCCAAGAAGUACACAGACUGUGCUCUUGUGAUAUUGGAGAAUGGAGGCUGUAGAUCAAUGGCCAUCUUGAAUUCAAAGAAUCUGACACCACUGCACUUGUGUGUGGCAACAUGGAAUGUUGCUGUUGUAAAGAGAUGGGUAGAAGUUGCAACUUCUGAUGAGAUUGCUGAAGCAAUUGACAUACCAAGCCCAAUUGGCACUGCCUUGUGCAUGGCUGCUGCUUCUAAGAAAGACCAUGAAAGUGGUAUCCAAAACUUCAUCGCUUGA